CUUCUCUCGGGUCGGGUGGCUGGGCCCGGACACUGGAUGGGCCCAGCGGAGGUCUUACUGCGGGCUAACGCUGCGUGUGGCGAGCUUGUGGGGAGACUCGAAUGGUCUGAGGCCUAAAUGAAGCCUUAUUAGGCUUCCCAAGUCGGUGCUGCUCACUCCUGGCGCCCUAUGAGCGCUGAACUGUAAUACAGGCUUUGGAGUGAUUUCGGGUGAUCGCGGAAGAAGGAAGACAGAUGUGUGCUGUUACCGGCAGCCGAUAAGCAGAAGCGUUUCUUGUGUGUCUAUUUCUUGGGAAUGUGAGACAAGUGUAGUUAACACUUUGCAUUGCUAGUUUCACGAGGUUGGUUUUUGCAGUGUACCUGUCAUAUCCAUGCUUUAGAAACAGAACACCGUGGUUCAAAGGAAAAAUGGCUCUCAGUCCAUCUGUAGUUCCUCAAGAGAGUGAAGAAAAUAAUGCAAACUGUGCAGAAGCAAAGCAGUCACAAGCUGCUUCUACUGCUUCAGAAGACCCCCUUCAGAACUUACGGUUAGCGUCUCAGGAAGUGCUUCACAAGGCUCAGCGAAGUGGGAGGUCACGCUGUCUCCAAUGUGGUGGCUCAAGGAUGUUCUACUGCUACACAUGCUGUGUCCCAGUGGAAAAUGUGCCCACUGAGCAGAUCCCAUUUGUGCAGCUUCCAUUGAAGAUUGAUAUCAUUAAGCAUCCAAACGAAACAGACGGCAAAAGCACUGCUGUGCACGCAAAGCUCUUAGCGCCUGACUCUGUGAACAUUUACACAUAUCCGUGCAUUCCGGAGUACGAGGGGAAGGAUCACGAGGUUGUACUUGUUUUUCCUGGGCCUCAGUCGAUCUCAAUAAAAGAUGUCUCUUUCCAUCUACAAAAACGGAUUGAAAGUAAAGGUGGAAACAACACUGAUGACCUUGAUGUGCCACCUACUAAACUCCCGAGGACUAGGGCAGAGGAAGGCUGUGACGUGAGUGAGAGCAUGCGCAAAGGUCCGGAGUUGAAAAGAGUUGUCUUUAUUGACAGCACCUGGAGCCAGACAAACCAGAUCGCCUCUGAUGAGCGGCUUCGGGAGUUAUUACAAGUUGAACUGAGAACAAGAAAAACUUGCUUUUGGCGCCAUCAAAAAGGGAAGCCAGAUACUUUCCUUUCCACAAUUGAAGCCAUUUAUUACUUCCUAGUAGACUACCAUCGUGUUGUACGGAAAGAGGAGUACAGCGGACAGUAUGACAACCUUUUGUUCUUCUAUUCUUUCAUGUACCGCUUGAUAAAGAACGCCAGAGGCUCUGGAGAGAAGGCCAAACCGCAACUCAUCCAGUAGUUCUGCACACCACUUAUCCUGUGCUGUGCCUGUGCCCACUAGCUUGCAGCCGAGCCUUGUUUACUCUGGGGUAAUAAUCACGUGUGAUAUCCGUGAGAGGACUUGGGGAAGAUCCCAGCUUAUUUUUUUAAAGGAAAAUUUGAUAUUUAGCAAUUUUUAAGAGAUGAUCCUGACUGAAAGACAGGUCAGAAGCCCUUUGCUCAGUUUGGGCAUAUCUCAUCCUACUGUACAUCUUAAUAUGCUGUGUUACAUUUUUGUGUUUAUAAUCGUAUAUGAUUAAAGAGCGACUUAUCUUUUCACUAA